CAAGAGGAAAGAUCCGUUUUGUGUAGAAAUAAGCGAUUUCCAGAGGACAGCCCCAAUGACAGAACUGUCUGCGCAUUUACCCCAGUUUCAGCAUGGGCAGCUGACAGAAAACUUCCCUGAUAACCACCUCAGCAACACUGUGUUACUGACUUUUUAGCUUCAGAAUUUUCACUUUUAACUAUGUCUGAGGAAAGUGAAGAGUCUGUUCCUUUGCUUCCACUUCAGCAAGAGUCCAUGUCCUCUGCUCUGUUUAAUACUGAUCAGAAUGACAACAGUGAAAGACGUCGUCAUGACAAUAACGAACGCAGAAGAAAUGACAAUCCUGAGUCUGAGACCAAUGGGCAGCCACAAAACAACAUUCAGCAAGUGGUGGAACAAGAUGAAGAAGAAGAUGAGGAGCUGACACUGAAAUAUGGGGCCAAACAUGUGAUUAUGUUGUUUGUACCUGUCACACUUUGCAUGGUGGUCGUUGUUGCAACCAUCAAGUCUGUCAGCUUUUAUACACGCAAGGAUGGACAGCUCAUCUACACUCCUUUCACAGAAGAGACGGAAACAGUAGGGCAGAGAGCCCUGAAUUCAAUUCUCAACGCAGCUAUCAUGAUCAGUGUUAUCAUUGUCAUGACCAUACUCCUGGUUGUGCUUUACAAAUACAGGUGCUACAAGGUGAUCCAUGGCUGGCUUAUCAUUUCGUCUCUUUUGCUGCUUUUCUUUUUCUCAUUCAUCUACCUGGGUGAGGUCUUUAAGACGUAUAACGUUGCCAUGGACUACAUUACAGUGGCACUCAUGAUCUGGAACUUCGGUGUUGUGGGAAUGAUUUGUAUUCAUUGGAAGGGUCCUCUUCGGCUCCAGCAGGCAUAUCUCAUUAUGAUAAGCGCUCUCAUGGCCUUGGUUUUCAUUAAGUACCUUCCUGAAUGGACUGCGUGGCUUAUCCUGGCUGUCAUUUCAGUGUAUGAUUUGGUUGCUGUCCUGUGUCCUAAAGGUCCUCUUCGUAUGCUAGUUGAAACAGCUCAAGAGAGAAAUGAAACUCUCUUCCCAGCACUUAUUUAUUCCUCAACAAUGAUAUGGCUAGUGAACAUGGCUGAGGAAGAUCCAGAAGCCCAACGGAAAACUUCCAAAAAUUCCACUUAUGAUAAACAAGCUCCGGCAAACCAGACUCAGAAUGAAGAUGACGAAGCAGAUGAUGGUGGCUUUAGCCAGGAAUGGCAGCAACAAAGGGACAAUAGAAUAGGACCCAUUGAAUCAACACCUGAAUCACGUGCUGCUGUACAGGCUCUACCCAGCAACUCUCAAACAAGUGAAGACCCAGAAGAACGAGGAGUAAAGCUAGGUUUAGGAGACUUCAUUUUCUACAGUGUCCUUGUUGGCAAAGCCUCUGCAACAGCAAGUGGAGACUGGAACACAACUUUAGCAUGUUUUGUAGCCAUAUUAAUUGGUCUGUGCCUUACACUUCUGCUUCUUGCGAUCUUUAAGAAGGCCUUACCAGCUCUUCCAAUCUCCAUAACCUUUGGGCUAGUUUUUUACUUUGCUACAGAUAACUUGGUGCAACCCUUUAUGGACCAGCUAGCAUUCCAUCAGUUUUAUAUCUAGCACACUUGACGCCGGUAUUCUACGGAUAUUUGUAGCAAAUCUGGGAGGAGGAAAAAUGUUUUUCCCUCAGUUCUCAAGUUUAAUACUCAAGAUUCCAAGCCUGAAUCAUUACAACUUCCUCCGAUGGUG